AUGGGUUCCAGGCUCCACGUCCAGCAGAUCAAGAACGGCCCGCCACUUCCGUACAAGGACGAUAUCAGGGCUUUCACCAGGGACUAUGCAGCAUCUCUAGACGCUCAAGACCCCCUAAGUCACUUUCGAGAAGAGUUUAUCAUUCCCUCUGUAAAAGACCUCAAGCGAAAAACGCUGGAUCCUUCUGAAGGCGAGUACAGUUCUAUGUACCUGGACGCCCGCUGUAUCUAUCUCUGCGGAAACUCCCUAGGCCUCCAGCCUCGCAACACUAAGAAGUACAUUAACUACUAUUUGCGAACCUGGGCCAUUAAGGGCGUAACGGGCCAUUUCACCCAUCACGACGAUGAAUUGCUCCCUCCGUUUGUCGACGUCGACUCAGCGGGCGCAAAGCUCAUGGCACCAGUUGUUGGGGCGUUGGAGAGCGAGGUAGCUGUUAUGGGCAGUCUAACAACAAACUUGCAUUUGCUCAUGGCUAGUUUCUACCGACCAACUACUGAGAGAUAUAAGAUCAUCAUCGAAGGGAAAGCUUUUCCCAGUGACCAUUACGCGGUCGAAUCUCAGAUCAAGCACCAUAAUCUCCAGCCCAAAGAUGCCAUGGUUCUCAUUGAACCGCAGGAUCCUGAACAUCCGAUUCUCGAAACUGACCGUAUUCUUCGAGUCAUUGACGAGCAUGCUUCAACUACGGCUUUACUUCUUCUCUCUGCUAUCCAGUACUACACAGGCCAGUACUUUAACAUCGAGAAGAUCACUGCACACGCCCAGUCUAAAGGCAUCGUGGUCGGUUGGGACUGUGCCCAUGCAGCGGGAAAUGUCGACUUGAAAUUACACGAUUGGAACGUGGACUUCGCUGCGUGGUGCAACUAUAAGUACCUCAAUAGUGGCCCAGGCGGAAUGGCCGGGAUAUUCGUGCAUGAAAAACAUGGAGAGGUGAAGGCAGGUCAAGGCGACGGGGAACUGGAAUUAUUUCGCCCUCGGCUUUCCGGCUGGUGGGGAGGAGACAAAGCUACCAGAUUUCUGAUGGAUAAUCAUUUCGUCCCCCAAUCCGGGGCGGCAGGAUAUCAAUUGUCCAAUCCUUCCGUGCUUGACAUGAAUGCGGUUGUAGCCUCUCUGGAACUGUUCAACCGGACAUCCAUGGCCGAGAUUCGUCAAAAGUCCCUCAAUCUAACAGGCUAUCUCGAGCAUCUCCUCCUUGCGUCUCUUGAUGGAGUUUCCGACAAGCCUUUUUCUAUCAUUACCCCGCCGAACCCCUCAGAACGCGGUGCUCAGCUAAGUUUGCGGCUGGCGCCAGGUCUCCUGGAUAGCGUUUUAGAAACGUUGGAAGAAUAUGCAGUUGUGAUCGACGAGAGGAAGCCAGAUGUCAUUAGGGUUGCACCCGCGCCCUUGUACAACACGUACGAGGAGGUGUGGCAGUUUUGCCAGAUUUUUUCAGAAGCCUGCCGCAAAGCUCUUGAAAAGAAAGACUAG